AAGAUCGAAAGAGGGUGGUGGCAGCAAUAGUAUACUUGAGAGGAGAGAGUGAAACUGAAAUAACUGAGGUUUGAGUGGAUCCAGAUCUGAGCAUAGGAAAAUGGAGUCGGAAGGUGAAGCAUCGGCGAUGGUCCUUCCUCUUCCUCUGGCAUCAGAUUCACAACAACCCUAUGUCUCCGAAUUGCUAUCUUUCACACUCGAUCGCCUUCACAAGGAACCUGAACUCCUUCGCGUCGAUGCUGAUCGCAUUCGCCGCCAAAUGCAAGAGGUCGCCGUGGGUAACUACCGAUCCUUCAUUGCCGCCGCCGACGCCUUAAUUGCAAUUCGCCAGGAAGUCUCAUCUAUCGACAACCAUCUUGAGUCUCUGAUAAAUGAGAUCCCAAAGUUAACAUCUGGAUGCACCGAGUUCAUAGAAUCUGCCGAACAGAUUUUGGAGAAGAGGAAGAUGAACCAAACAAUGCUAGCUAAUCAUAGUACCUUGCUUGACUUGCUAGAAAUUCCUCAACUCAUGGACACAUGUGUACGGAAUGGGAAUUAUGAUGAAGCCCUAGAUUUGGAAGCAUUUGUUGGUAAACUUUCAACCAUGCAUCCAAAGUUACCAGUUAUUCAAGCAUUGGCUGCAGAAGUAAGACUGACUACCCAAUCACUUCUUUCUCAGCUUCUACAGAAACUUCGCUCAAAUAUUCAGUUACCUGAAUGCCUCCGCAUUAUUGGAUAUUUACGGCGAAUAGGAGUAUUUAGUGAGUAUGGAAUGCGUUUGCUGUUCUUAAGAUGUCGAGAGGCAUGGCUUAGUGGUAUACUUGAGGAGCUGGACCAGGCAAGUCCAUACGAGUACUUAAAAGGGAUGAUCAACUGUCACAGAAUGCAUCUUUUUGAUGUUGUUAAUCAAUAUCGUGCAAUAUUUGCGGAUGACACAUCAGGGAGUGAGGAAAAUUACGAUGGUGGGCUUCUUUUUAGUUGGGCAAUGCACCAAAUUACGUCACACCUACAAACUUUAAAACUUAUGCUUCCAAAGAUAACUGAAGGUGGAUCGCUGUCAAAUAUUUUGGAUCAGUGCAUGUACUGUGCUAUGGGACUUGGUUGGGUUGGACUGGAUUUUCGAGGCUUGCUCCCAUCACUUUUCGAAGAAGCUGUCCUCAACUUAUUCUCCAAAAAUAUGGGUACUGCCGUAGAGAAUUUUCAGUUGGUCUUGGAUUCGCAUCGGUGGGUCCCCCUACCAGCAGUUGGCUUUUCGCCAAGUACUGUUGGUGAUGAAAGUCAGGAGGAUGUCACUCCACCCUCUAAUUUGAUGGAGCAUCCACCUCUUGCUGUUUUUAUUAAUGGUGUAUCUGCUGCAAUGAAUGAGCUACGUCCGUGUGCCCCAAUAAGUCUGAAACAUGUCCUUGCCCAACAAUUGAUUAAGGGAUUACAGGCUGUUUCUGAUUCAUUGUUGCUGUACAAUACAACUCGGGUGCUCAGGGCUAACGAGUCAGGACUUUUUCUGUCACUCUGCCGAGCAUUUAUUGAGGUUGCUUAUCCUCAUUGUGCAACUUGUUUUGGGCGUUGCUAUCCUGGUGGAGCAACUCUUAUUAUGGAUGCAAAGAAUGUUUAUGAUGGAAUCAGCCGCUUAUUAGAGACCUCCUCUGCAAGAGAACUCCCAAAACCGGUGGAUAAUGGAGAAUCCAAGAGCGUCUCUGAGAACGGAGAACUGCCACAAAUGGAAAAUGGAGAAACAUCUGGCGCCAAAGAAUCUGAAACCAUCAAUGCUGACGAUGUGAACAAAGGCCCUACUUCGCAGACAGAUCAGGAAGACACCAAUCUUGAGAAGCCACUUGAAUAAAUGACAUUUGGUGAUUCACUAAGUUUUUAUUUUUUAUUUUUUAAUAUUGCUUCCUAUUUCAGUGUUUAUUUUUUUGGCCCCGUUCGUUUUAUUCUUUGUAUGCUCUAAGAUGGGUGUCGUCAGCUGUAAUUAUAUUAUCAGAGUACAUGAGUAGGCUUAGAAAGCAUUGACUGUCAGAAGAACGGAGAAUAGAAUUUUGAAAAGCUUUCUUUUUUUGGCAGGUUACUUGUUACCAGUUUUUUUCUCCUUUUUUUUUAAUUUUUAUGUAAGGGCAGGAAGUGCCCCAAUUCUCCUUUUGUAAUUUUAGUGAGCCUCGUCGACUCUAGCAUGAUACUUGCUAACAAAGAUUUAAACUUACAUGGGGUUUAUGGGCUUUACAUAAUACUCCAAUUUAUCCUUUUAAUAAGAAACAAAUAAAUAAUUUAUCAAAAUUAAUAAAAA